AUGUGCGUAUACGUGUUGGAUCCUGCCGCCGCAAGCUGCCACGCAGACUGUUGUGUGUGUGUGUGUGUGCUGCUGAAGGCCAAGCGACAAGCAGAACUGGAGAAGAAACAGCAGGAGGCUGAGGCCAAGAAGCUGGAGGAGGCCAAGAAGAAGGAGGAAGCCGAGAAGGCUCGCGCAGAGGAAGCCGCCAAGCGCAAGGCAGAGGAGGAAAAGAAGAAGCAAGAGGCAGAGGCCAAGAAGCUGGAGGAGGCGAAGAAGAGGGAGGAGGCUGAAAAGGCCCGCGCCGAAGAAGCUGCCAAGCGCAAGGCAGAGGAGGAGGCAAAGAAGAAGGAGGCGGAGGCCAAGCGACAGGCAGAGCAGGAGAAGAAGCAGCAAGAGGCUGAGGCCAAGAAGCUGGAGGAGGCAAAGAAGAAGGAGGAAGCCGAGAAGGCGCGUGCUGAGGAAGCCGCCAAGCGCAAGGCAGAGGAAGAGAAGAAGAAGCAAGAGGCAGAGGCCAAGAAGCUGGAGGAGGCAAAGAAGAAGGAGGAAGCCGAGAAGGCACGCGCAGAGGAGGCGGGCAAGCGCAAGGCAGAGGAGGAGGCAAAGAAGAAGGAGGCGGAGGCCAAGCGACAAGCAGAACUGGAGAAGAAGCAGCAGGAGGCUGAGGCCAAGAAGCUGGAGGAGGCAAAGAAGAAGGAGGAAGCCGAGAAGGCUCGCGCUGAGGAAGCCGCCAAGCGCAAGGCAGAGGAAGAGAAGAAGAAGCAAGAGGCAGAGGCCAAGAAGCUGGAGGAGGCAAAGAAGAAGGAGGAAGCCGAGAAGGUGCGCGCAGAGCAGGCGGCCAAGCGCAAUUCAGAGGAGGAGGCAAAGAAGAAGGAGGCGGAGGCCAAGCGACAGGCGGAACUGGAGAAGAAGCAGCAAGAGGCUGAGGCCAAGAAGCUGGAGGAGGCAAAGAAGAAGGAGGAAGCCGAGAAGGCUCGCGCUGAGGAAGCCGCCAAGCGCAAGGCAGAUGAAGAAAAGAAGAAGCAAGAGGCAGAGGCCAAGAAGCUGGAGGAGGCAAAGAAGAAGGAGGAAGCCGAGAAGGCGCGCGCAGAGGAGGCGGCCAAGCGCAAGGCAGAAGAAGAGAAGAAGAAGCAAGAGGCAGAGGCCAAAAAAGCCGCGGAGGAGAAGGCGGCAGCAGAAGCGAAGCAGGCAAGGGAAGAGAAGGCCAAAGCGGAGAAAUCCGCUGCCGAGGCGAAGAAAGCUGCAGAGGAGAAGGCAGCAGCAGAUGCCAAGAAGGCGCGCGAGGAGAAGGCCAAAGCAGAGAGAGCAGCUGCCGAGGCGAAGAAAGCUGCAGAGGAGAAGGCAGCAGCAGAUGCCAAGAAGGCGCGUGAGGAGCAGGCCAAAGCAGAGAGAGCAGCUGCCGAGGCGAAGAAAGCUGCAGAGGAGAAGGCAGCAGCAGAUGCCAAGAAGGCGGCGGAAGCAAAGGCAGCUGCCGAGGCGAAGAAGCCUCGCAGCUCCAGUGCGCCAGCCAAGGUGAAGAAGCCUGCCGACGUGGAGCUGGCCGAGUCAUCUACGCGCAGGCUGAAAUUGAAGGAGAAGUACUCCAAGGCCCUGCAAGAGGUCGACCAGAAAAAGAAGGACGCAGAGGGCAAAGACAGAGAUCUGAUCAACCAAAUUUCCGGUUUGGACAGCAAGAUCAAGAAGGUGGAUGAGGAGUACAAGAAAGCAAAAGGAUCCAGCAAGGAUGCCAAGCUCAAGGAGCUGAACCAGCUCCGAGAUCAGAGGGUUGUCGUGGACAAGCAGAGGAAAGUCAUCGAGGCUUCCCUGGUUGACCAGAAGCGCGCGACCAACACUGCAAAGAAGGACUUGGAGAAUGCGGAGAAGAGCAUUGAGAGCUCAAAGUCCGAGGUAAAGAGAGAGCUCCAGGCCCUACGCUCCAACGCACGGCCCAAUCUUGAGAAGACCGCGAGCCAAACGAGAGAGAAGGCAGCAGAAGCCAAGAAGCUUGAGAGUGAAGCCGCUUCUCGACUGCAGAGCCUGCAGACCCGGCAGAAGGACCAAGCUGCUCGCGCAAAGUCCACCGAAGGCCGACUGCAGACGGAGCUGACUCAGGCCAAGCAGGCGGCCGACAAAGCUGCUCCAGGCAACAUUUUCAGCUCGCCCAAGCGAGAUGCCAAGGGUUCUCUCUUGCUGUCAGCCAAUGCAGCUGUGCUGUCCUUGCCAGAAGCUGGCGGUCAAGAAGCAGCGCGAGCUGAAGAAGCAGACAGGAGGGAAACCGAGGAGAUUGCAAGGAACUUGCAGGAAGCAACGAGGGCCAAGUCUUCAACGGCCAAAGAGGCCACUUCCAAGCUCGCCAAGGCUGAGGCAGGGAGACACGGAGACAGCUCCCGAACCUGUGCCUUUCCCGCUGGUUGCGUCUUUCUUGCUUGCAAGGCAGACUUGUCCGCCGAGAAGCAGUCAGAAGACGCUCUGCAGGCCACUUCCCUGCUAGAGCCAUGCAGGGGCACUGAACCAGCUGGAGCCGAAGUUGUUCUUCGGUUUGUUCUGAUCUCGGCUCGGCCCUGCCUGGCCAUGACGUUUUUGAAGCAAGAUCCCCCAGACUCGCUGGGCGCUUGCGCUAUGGAUUAUGGCUUAGUAAAGAGAUUUGAGUUGAACCUCUGGGACCCAGCUCCUGCUAGAGACAAGACCGCGAUGCUCCUACUAGCACUCCAGAGGUUCAGCACGCAUUUCCUGCGACGGAAGUAUCUUGGCCUGUUGGAUGUGGCUGCGAAGCCAAAGACUUUGGCCCAGGCGACGAGAUAA